GUUGAGUCAACGGGCAAGGUGGUGCUGACGUACCUCUACGAGGGUCUCAAAGAUCAAGCUAUCUGGCAAUCAACGAGAUUCUGGAAUGCAGCCAUCUUCAUUGCAUUGCAGGAGGAAAGAUAUUGUCGUCAAGUAAUUUCAAGCAAAUUCGCUUGGAGAAUGUAUUCCUUCGGAUUAAGCAAAGAUGCUUGUCUCGAUUUCCUGCGAAAACAAGUUGAAGAUACGUCUCUUUCAAAAGGUGAGACCUUCAUUUAA